AUGUAGUCUCCCUUUGGUUGAGCGAAUCGCCUCUGCCUUUCCCUUACUUCUCAACUCCCUCACUAGGAUCAUGCAGGGACGACAGCUUUAACCCCCCCGCUACUGUUCAGCUGCCAUCCCUAGGGCCAUCAUGUUCACGCCGGUCCAUACGUCGCUGGGGGCUUUGUUGCUUUACCAGAGCUCCUCCAGCCUCCUCCUUCACAAUGGAUCAGUUUUCGGUAUUUCUUCGCUCUUAUCAGGGUCCAUGCUCAACCCGAGUCGAGAUAAUGUUCCCAUAAUAGCCGGCCUGAUGUCGAGUGUGGUUCCGCUCUAUCUAUUCAUGCCAUCUCUGCUGCCGACGUACCCAGACGCACCAUCUUCAUGGGACUCGUUGUUGUCAACAGUGGGGACCGGAUUCCUGCUUGGCUGGGGAACGAAGAGUGGUAGAGGGUGUACAUCGGGUCAUAUGCUUUGCGGCCUCUCACGUUUAUCACCUCGCUCGCUCAUUGCAACGGCCAUCUUCUUCACGACGGCUCUGCUGACAGCAAACUUUGUGUCGGGUAUUCCACCCUGCUCAGCCGGUGUCCCCUGCUAUACGCCCACGUACCCUUCAAGUUCCGAACUCUCGUUUAUUCUGAGCGCCACGGCUCUCACAUUCUUCACGAAUACCUUCAUCGUACCCCAGGCAUUGGUCAGAUCAGAACGCUCCAGAUUGAUCUUCUCCUAUCUGGCGGGUCUCCAGUUUGGCACCGGGCUCUUUGUAUCGGGAAUGGCGGAUCCGUUGAAAGUUCUUCGAUUUUUCGCAUUUCCCACUGAUUUAACUCGCUUUGACCCAUCUUUGGCACUCGUUAUCGUUUUCGGGAUUGUGCCGUCACUCAUCACAUAUUUGACUGCGAAACCUGGGCGGCAGACAAGCUACGAUGGAGGAAAGAUAGCAAAACCAACUCUCGCCGAAACCUGGCGACUUCCAACAGCCACUGUUGCUGAUAUCGACUGGCGUUUCGUUCUUGGAGCGACGGUAUUUGGCGUAGCCUGGGGGUUGCGAGGAGUAUGCCCGGGACCCGCGGUUUUGCGCUCAAUAUUGCAACCGAAAUGGGGACUCACGGAAAUGGUCGGAUAUAUGUUGGGCAACUUGAUAUAAACUUGGGCUCUGAAUGGGGGAUUGUACAGUUUUACCGAUGAUGAAUAACGGCAUAUUGCACGACAGCGAUGUUAUAGACCUAGACAUUUCCUCAUAUAUUUCUGUAUCGACAGAUGCCGCCUGCAAGACAUCAUAAGCUAUGUAAUAGUCGGAGUCAGUAAAUG